GGGAUGGGGUGUAAUCCUAGGGGCGUGGUGGUUAAUGAGGGGCUGAAGAGGAGGGGGUUUAGGGGCGUGGUGGAUGUUGUUGAGGGGGGUGAGAGGGCGGUGGUUGAACAACAGAAUAAGGGGUGUGCUGCUGUGCCUGGAUCUGGCGCUCAGGGUGCUGGGAAGAAGGGGAAGGGGAAGAGGGUAGCGGAGCAGGAUGGUUCGGAUAGGACGCCGGUCAGUAAGAGGCAGGCGAAGAGAUUGAGGCUAGAGGCUUUGAAGGCUGAGAAACAGUCUUCACAGUCACAGAAGGAAAGUGGUUCUUCGACAGAUGCUAUGCCCUUGAAGGAGACAAGUAUACCAAAAGGGUCAGAUACGCCUAGUACAAUAAAAGAAAAAGCGAAUGGCUAA